CUCGGGCCAAAGGGCUCCCAUCGUCGGCCAGACCUUCCCGGCAUCCCACGCUGCGGCAACCCAGAGCGCGCUUUCUCCGACGUGGUCUCCAUUAGUGUGCACAGCACAGUUUCCGCAUACCCAAGCAGCUGCCGAUGCGUUGCGACGGCCUCGGACCUGAAAUUUUAGAAAGUACCUAGGCUCGCACACGGAGAACGUGUGCCGCAAAGGACCGAAUCCUGCACUGCCAAUCUCCCGCGGCUCUCUGGCAAGAAGCGACCCCACCACCCCCGGACUUGUGUCAAUAGAUUCCAGGUGUCUUGCCAGUCUUGCUCCUGAGGGAGGGAGAGAGAGAGAGAGAGAGAGAGAGAGAAAGAGUUGUCUGAGAGCCCGAAGCCAACCUCGUCUGCGAGCUAUCUUCUCGUUUCGUCUCCUUCCUUUCCACUCCCUACACUCCCUAAAGCUCGUGCUUUUCCAGCGUCGCGCUCGACGAUAAGACAGAAGUUGGGAUGUUGGCCGCGAUUGCAAGGACAGAGGCUCGGUCUCCUGCUCUUCGAAACCUGUCCAAACACACGGCUACGCCUCUGAGAUUCACAGCCAUGGCUCCUGCGAACAAACGGAAUAGCAGCUCCCUCCCAGCGGGGUAUGUCGAGGACAAAUCCAAGGGACUCAUGCUGCGCUUCCAGGACUCGCUGCCCCGCCUUCCCGUCCCGACGCUGGAGGAGACCGCCGCGCGCUAUCUCAAGACCCUCAAGCCCCUCCUCACGCCUCCUGAGCUCGAGAACAGCUACAAGGCGGUGCAGGAGUUCAUCGCCCCCAACGGCCCCGGCCGCAAGCUGCAGGAGAAGCUGAUCGCCCGGCGCGAGGAUCCCAAGAUCAAGAACUGGCUCUACGAGUGGUGGAACGAUGCGGCCUACCUCAGCUAUCGCGACCCCGUCGUCCCCUACGUCAGCUACUUCUACUCGCACCGCGACGACCGGAGGCGGCGCGACCCUGCCAAGCGCGCUGCCGCCCUCACGACGGCCGCCCUCGAGUUCAAGAAGCAGGUCGACACCGGCACCCUUGAGCCCGAGUACAUGAAGAAGCUGCCCAUCUGCAUGGACAGUUACAAGUGGAUGUUCAACGCCAGCCGCGUCCCCGCGAAGCCCGCCGACUACCCGGUCAAGUUCGACCCCGCCCAGAACAAGCACAUUCUGGUGAUCCGCAAGAACCAGUUCUUCAAGGUCGCUCACGAGGUGGACGGCAAGCAGCUCAACACCUCGGAGCUCGAGCAGGCCUUCCGCCGCGUGUACGAGCUCGCCGGCGAGCGCGCCCCGGCCGUUGGCGCCCUGACCUCGGAGAACCGCGACGUGUGGACGGACGCGCGGGCCAUCCUCCUCGCGGCCGACCCUGCCAACUCCAAGGCGAUCGAGGCGAUCGAGUCGGCCUCCUUCGUCGUCUGCCUGGACGACGCCAAGCCGGUGACGCUCGAGGAGCGCGCGCACGCCUACUGGCACGGCGACGGCCAGAACCGGUGGUACGACAAGCCGCUGCAGUUCAUCGUCAACGACAACGGAACCUCGGGCUUCAUGGGCGAGCACAGCAUGAUGGACGGUACGCCUACGCACCGGCUCAACGACUACGUCAAUGACGUUAUAUUCAACAACAAGCUCGACUUCUCCGACCCGACUGUCCGCUCCAACCUCCCCGAGCCCCAGCCGAUCCGGUUCGUCGUCACCAAGGAGGUCCAGGCCGAGAUCGACCGCGCCGUGCGCGACUUCAACGCCGUCAUCGGCCAGCACCAGCUCGCCGUGCAGGCAUACCAGGGCUACGGCAAGGGCCUGAUCAAGAAGUUUAAGUGCUCUCCGGACGCCUACGUACAGAUGAUCAUCCAGCUCGCCUACUUCAAGAUGUACGGCAAGAACCGGCCGACAUACGAGUCGGCGGCCACCCGCCGCUUCCAGCAGGGCCGCACCGAGACGUGCCGCUCCGUGUCGGAGGAGAGCGUGGCGUGGUGUCGCGCCAUGGCGGACGAGACGGUCGACAACGCCACCCGCGUCGCCCUCUUCCGCAAGGCCAUCGACGCCCACCUCGAGUACAUCAGCGCCGCCUCGGACGGCAAGGGCGUCGACCGCCACCUCUUCGGCCUUAAGCGCCUGCUCGAGCCCGGCCAGGAGGUCCCCGCCCUCUACAAGGACCCCGCCUACGCCUACUCGUCCUCUUGGUACCUCUCGACCAGCCAGCUGAGCUCCGAGUACUUCAACGGCUACGGGUGGAGCCAGGUCAUUGACGACGGCUUUGGAAUCGCCUACAUGAUUAACGAGAACAGCCUCAACUUCAACGUUGUUUCCAAGGGCCUCGGCAGCGACAAGAUGAGCUUCUACCUCAACGAGGCCGCCAACGAUAUGCGCGACAUGCUGAUGCCCACGCUCGAGGCUCCCAAGGCCAAGAUCUGAGAACCUUGUUUUGUGGAUCGAAACAAGGACUGGUGGCGUGGGAGAGCGUGUUUGGAUAUCCGUUAAGGACACGGCAGGGCAAGGGAGCGGCGGGAGAUGUGUGGGUGGGUUGUUGUUCAUCGUGUUAGCGAACCAUGUGAUGAGUUGUCUGGGAGCAUGUCAUGCAUUUUAGAACCGGGAGUAGCUGUCUGGCAUCAUAGACCCGACGCCAUGUAGCGCUCUCUUCUCUCUAGCAGCAUAUCAUUGUACAAAAUAACGCAGCUGACAGGCUUUGGCCGACCUCUUAACCUUCCUUGGAUGAUGCUUGUAUCAGGGUUUGGUUGACGCCCCACAAUUGUUAGCAGAAGAGGUGCUAUAACUCUGUAUACAAGACGUAUCCUGUAACUGAU